AUGGAUGAUACCAACCGCUUCAUCACAAGAAAUGUAAAGGGCCCGAUUCGUGAGGGAGAUGUAAUGACACUGUUUAAUCUCAACGUGAAGCUAGAAGAUUGCACUAGUAUGCCUUAUAAACUUGCAUCAAUUGGCCUUGCAGCAGCUUUGUAA